AAAAUAACCAGAAAAAAAAAAUAGAAAAAAGAAAAUUGUGGAAUUUUCUUUUUGAUUCUCCGAUGUUCUAAGAUCGAUCUUACUUUCGAUUGUUCAUAAAUUUGCUUCAAUCGGGGAGUUAUAUACUGUAGGUCGCAAUACUGAGGUUUAGAGCUAAAUGGCAUCAUUGGUUGCCAGCGGUAGCAGUCAAAUGCCUCCUUCAGUUUCUGUCCAAGAAAAAGGAAGUAGGAAUAAGAGAAAAUUCAGGGCUGAUCCACCUUUUGGGGAGCCAAAUAAGAUUGUUCCUUCACCUCAACAUGAAAGCCUCAGUUAUGAAUUUUCUGCUGAGAAAUUCGAAAUAACCCAAAGUCAUGGGCAAGCCGCUGUUUCUAACCUGUGUAGUAUUAGCCAAGAUCAUUCCAAUGGAUUGAAGCUUGACCUUGGAUUGUCUAGUCCUCUAGUUUCAUCUGAGGUCAGGCUUAGCCCGACUAAGGAGGAACUCGAGGUGGAUGAAUUUCAUGAUGCUGAUUGGAACGAUCUCACAGAAUCCCAGUUGGAAGAACUUGUCCUGAGCAAUUUGGACACCAUUUUCAGGAGUGCAAUAAAAAAAAUUGUUGCAUGUGGCUACACUGAAGAAGUUGCUACAAAGGCCAUCUUAAGGUCUGGCAUCUGUUAUGGAUGCAAAGAUACUGUGUCUAAUGUAGUUGACAAUACAUUAGCAUUUCUUAGGAAUGGCCAAGAGAUUGACCUUUCACUGGAACACUCUUUUGAAGAUUUAGUGCAGCUUGAGAAGUACAUCUUGGCUGAAUUGGUUUGUGUUCUUCGAGAGGUUAGGCCAUUCUUCAGUACUGGGGAUGCAAUGUGGUGUUUGUUAAUUUGUGACAUGAACGUUUCACAUGCUUGUGCAAUGGACAGUGACCCUUUAAGUAGUUUAGGCAGUGAUGGCAUUGCUGAUGGCUGUUCUUCUUCUGUCCAGACUGAAUCACAAUCAAAAAUAGAAAUAAAAGCUCGUAAAUUGAGUCUUCCAAGUCCUUGUAAAUCAAUUCCCUCAGGUUCUCAAUGUGAGAAAUCCUGUGUAGCAGGAAAUUCUGGCAUGAACAACUUCAAGAAUUCUCAAAUUCUUGGUGGACUCUCAGAGAAAGAGGGUGUUAAUUCUGGAUUUGAUUUUGUUGAUAAAUCAUCUAGUACUGCCUUAGCAUCUCAAUCUCCCCUGGUGGAAGAAAAGAGUGGGAGUGCUAGAAAGGUUCAUUCCAGUAGCACCAAGAGGGACUACAUUCUACGACAGAAGCCAUUCCAUGUGGAAAAAAGUUACCGGACAUAUGGGUCUAAAGGGUCUUCAAGAGGAGGAAAGCUGAGUGGCUUGAGUGGUUUACUCUUGGAUAAAAAACUUAAAUCUGUAUCAGAAUCUACUGCCGUAAACUUAAAGAGUGCAUCCUUAAACAUAAGUAAGGCGAUGGGAGUUGAUGUGACUAAAGACAAUCAUGACGCUGAUUUCUCAUCUAAUGAUGGACCACCUACCCCAAUUGCAUUUAGCCUGGAUUCUACUGAUACUGUUUCUCACUCAACUGAUACUUCAUGUUCGGUACAUGAAGCCAAAGCUAUCCCAGCGGUCAGUAGCCCAAAUGCAUUAUCAGCUACAGUUACUGACCUUUCUCUUUCAUUAUCUUCAAAAAGCAAGUCGUCUAUCUGCCUCAAUAAUGAGGCACCUAAUAGUAGUUGUUUGGGGAUACCGUUUGACAAGUCCUUGGGGCAAUGGAUACCCCAGGACAAAAAAGAUGAGAUGAUUUUGAAGCUGGUUCCAAGGGUUCGGGAGCUGCAAAAUCAGCUUCAAGAAUGGACAGAGUGGGCAAAUCAGAAGAUUAUGCAGGCUGCCCGUCGGCUGAGUAAGGACAAGGCUGAGCUUAAGACACUAAGGCAAGAGAAAGAUGAAGUUGAUCGUCUUAAAAAAGAGAAGCAAUCUCUAGAGGAAAAUACCAUGAAGAAGCUUUCUGAGAUGGAAAAUGCCUUGUGUAAAGCAAGUGGACAGGUGGAACGAGCUAACACUGCUGUCCGGAAGCUUGAAGUGGAGAAUGCUGUGCUGAGGAGAGAGAUGGAGGCUGCUAAGUUACGUGCGGCAGAAUCAGCCACAAGCUGUCAAGAGGUGUCACAGAGGGAAAAGAAGACCCAAAUGAAGUUUCAAUCAUGGGGAAAGCAGAAAUCCUUGUUUCAGGAAGAACUAAUGGCUGAAAAACACAAAUUGGCACAGCUGCGGCAGGAAUUGGAGCAAGCUAAAUUGCAACAGGAGCAAGUUGAGGCUAGAUGGCAGCAGGCAGCAAAGGCAAAAGAAGAACUUCUCAUACAGGCCAGUACUAUAAGAAAAGAAAGAGAACAAAUUGAGGAGUCAGCAAAAUCGAAGGAGGAAAUGAUCAAAUUAAAAGCAGAAGAGAAUCUGCAGAGGUUCAGAGAUGACAUCCAGAAACUUGAAAAAGAAGUGGCACAACUGAGACAGAAGACCGACUCUUCGAAAAUUGCUGCUCUGAGAAGGGGAAUUGAUGGAAGCAAUGCCAGCAGCUGUAUGGACAUGAAAACUGGCUCUGCUCUAGAAGAAUCCCGGACCACUUUUAUUUCAGAACUAGUUACAAAUUUAAGUGACUACUCUUUGACAGGGGGUGUGAAACGGGAAAGGGAAUGUGUAAUGUGUCUUUCCGAGGAGAUGUCUGUUGUAUUCCUCCCAUGUGCUCAUCAGGUUGUUUGCUCUACAUGCAAUGAGCUCCAUGAGAAACAGGGUAUGCAAGACUGUCCUUCUUGUAGGAGCCCCAUCCAGAGGCGUAUUACCGUACGUUAUGCCCGUUCAUAGUUCAUCUACCUGAGUGUUUUGAGCAUUUUGAAUAAUGUCACUUGAAUUGAAUAAUGCAUUCAAAUCAUGCAUGAGUUCAGACACAUUAAGUUGCUUUCAAUGCCAAGGUUGAUUCUU